AUGGAGGCUCACAUAGCUACUGUACAGAAAGUGCGCUCCCGCGUUGAGCACUUCUACGCCACCACAACCCCAUUUCGCGUCUAUCACGGCAGCACCAAUAGCACCCGACAUGCAGACUUCGACCGCGAUGCCAUUGUAGACGUCAGCUCCCUCAACCAUGUUCUCUCAAUCGACUAUGAAAAUCGAACCGCCCUAGUCGAGCCAAAUGUGCCCAUGGAUGCUCUAGUUCGCGAAACCAUGAAGGCAGGUCUACUCCCCCCUGUAGUCAUGGAAUUUCCAGGCAUCACUGUAGGAGGGGGGUUUGUUGGAACGGCAGGCGAAAGUAGCAGCUUCAAGUACGGCUUCUUCGACCGAACCGUGUUGAGUGCUGAGGUUGUGCUUGCGGACGGAUCGCUGGUUACGGCUUCCGCGAAGGAGAACCAAGAGCUGUUCGAAGGUCUGAGGGGCAGCUUCGGUACGCUCGGUGUGCUCACCAUGGUUGAGAUGCAGUUGAUACCCCUGAGGCAGAUGGUAGAAGUUACUUACCAUCCCACGACAUCAUUCGCGGAAGCCAUGAGCAAGAUGCAAGAACAAACAGCUACCCAGGAGAACGACUACGUAGACGGUGUCCUCUUUUCCAAGAACUCCGGUGUCAUCGUUGCGGGUCGCCUAGUAGACACCAAUGCCUGUCCCACCAUCCCGAUCCGCCGUUUCUCACGCCCAUGGGACGAAUGGUUUUGGAUCUACGCCAAAUCACUCACACGCAAAGCUACCUCCACAACAGAACUUGUCCCCAUUACCGACUACCUCUUCCGUUAUGAUCGCGGCGCGUUUUGGAUGGGAUGGUACGCCUACACGCACUUUAUGGUCCCGUUCACCUGGUUCACCCGCUUCCUCUUGGACUACUUCAUGCACACAAGAAUCAUGUAUCACGCUCUGCAUGCUUCUGGAUACACAGAUCGGUACAUCAUCCAGGACAUUGCAUUUCCGGCGGGAAACGCAGAAGCGUUUGUCGAAUACGUCGACCACGCAUUUGGCAUCUACCCGUUAUGGCUGUGUCCACUGAGAAAAGAUGGGCGAGCUUCUAUGGGCCAUGCGCAAUUUUACUCUGGCGCCGUUGGGGGAAAGCAAGACGGAGUGUAUGAGGGCGAGUACAUCAACGUAGGCGUCUGGGGGCCGUAUCCAUCUUCCGAAGUCGAAUACGUCCGCGCAAACAGGGAUCUGGAAGCAAAAAUGCGCGAACUCGGAGGGUUGAAGUGGCUCUACUCUCGCGUUUUCUACACAGAGGAUGAGUGGUGGCAGGAUUAUGAUAAGCCGAGAUAUGAUGACUUGAGAAGGAAGUUCAACGCAACAUCUCUGCCGACAAUAUGGGACAAGGUCAAAGACCGUGGGAGAAAGGAGGAUUUUGGGAAGGGGUUGAAGGGGUGGUUGAAGAGAGUCGUUAAAAGCAAUGGGUUGUUGAGUGGGUUCUAUGGCAUCUACAAGGCGCUGAGGGGUGGUGACUAUAUGCUCAAGAAGAAGCGAAGUUGA